AUGACCAUGACUGCCAACAAGAAUGCCAGUGUCAACAGCAGAGCUGGAGGGAGUAAAGUGCCUCAGGACAGUCUGGAUAGGUGUCAGUCAACCUCUCUGCCGCCUCUUUCGUCCCCACGAAGAAGCCCUGUCUACCCCCUCAGUGACAGUGAGGACUCUUCCCACUCUGCUCAGCUCACCAAAGUCUCCAACUCCAGACUGUGCCUCAAGGACUGGAACAGCCGCACAUCUACUCUUCGAAGCACUUCCACCAGCCCAUCAGACACUGACUCCACGAGCCACCCUCUCAAAGCCAUCAGUGUGGGUGCUCUGGAUAAAAGGCAGUCUGUGUUCAAGGCUGACCAAAAGGAGAGUCCAAAUGAUGCUCAAGACGGGGAAGCAAUAGGGAGCCAUUCGCUCGCCCGGAGUACUCUGUCCUUGGGCACUGCCACCAACUUGAGGAACCUCUCUAUCAGCAGGGCAAGUGUCCGCUCCCAGGCGCUGGACAUCAGGCAGAAGAUCACAGAAUGGGAAUGCCGUCGGGAGCUGACCCCCAGGAUGAGUGUGUGUGCAAACAAGAGGGAUGCAGGGGAGAGGUCGGGCAGUGAGAGCUGCCCCAGCGUGCUGACCUCUCCCUGCAGCGACAAGACAUUUGACUUCAAAGGGCUCAGAAGAAUGAGCCGAACAUUUUCCGAGUGCUCUUACCCAGAAACGGAGGAGGAGGAACUGCUGGACAGGGAUUCCUGCCAUCGAUUUGAAAAGAGACAAGGCAGGAGCGAGCUUUCCACUGCUUUCCUCAAGGGUCAUGUGAGGAAAGAGUCCUCUGCCGUGCUCAACAGAAUACAGAAGAUCGAGCAGGCUCUGAAGGAGCAGCCUGGCAGAGGCCUCCCCCAGUUACCAAGUAGCUGCUACAGUGUUGACAAAGGGAGGAGAAAGACUACUGUGGAGGGACUGAAAGAAACCCUAAGUGAUAGCAAAGCAGGGAGUGUUAUUUCGGGGAGUGAAUCAGAAACACCUGCUGAGACUGAGAAAAGCAGUAAAACAAAACAGGGAGUUACUACAAACUCAUCUGGCCCUAAACUGCUCCUUGAAAGCCCAGCUAACAGCGCAGUGAAUCCUGUCCCCAAGCCCAAACGCACCUUUGAAUAUGAAGCAGACAAAAACCACAAAAGUAAACCAAGCAAUGGCCUACCUCCAUCUCCUACACCUGCUGCUCCUCCUCCCCUCCCUUCCACCCCUGCACCCCCCGUGACCAGAAGGCAGAAGAAAGAGUCUCGCUUUCACAGAAAGUCCCAGAAUAGAAAAUCCUUUGAGUUUGAGGAUGCUUCAAGUCUGCAAUCCCUGUACCCUCCCUCCCCGACUGAAAAUGGAACUGAGAGCCAGCAUAAAUUUGGAUCCAAGAGCACUUUAGAAGAAAAUGCCUAUGAAGACAUUGUAGGGGAGUCACCCAAGGAAAACCCGUACGAGGAUGUGGAGCUGAAGGGACGUCACACGGGCCGAAAAUCCCAUCAGCUCUCGGAGAACUCCCUAGAUUCUCUGCACAGGAUGUGGACGCCUCAGGACAGGAAAUACACAUCGCCUCCUCAGCUGCCUUCGAAGCCCAGCAGCCAGUCUCUGCGCGUUGGGAACUGGUCAGAAAGGAAGAGCCACCGUUUACCACGGCUGCCCAAGAGGCACAGCCACGAUGACAUGCUGCUGCUGGCUCAGCUUGGCAUCCCUUCCUCCCCUUCCAGCCUCAAUGAGGACAGCCUGAGUACUGCAAGCGAGCUGCUGUCUACACGGCGGGCCAGGAGGAUCCCAAAGCUUGUCCAAAGAAUCAAUUCCAUCUACAGUGCAAAAAGAGGAAAAAAACGCCUGAAGAAACUUUCUAUGUCCAAUAUCGAGACAGCGUCCCUGCGAGACGAGAACAGCGAGAGUGAGAGUGACUCAGAUGACAGGUUUAAAGCACAUACCCAACGUCUUGUACACAUCCAGUCAAUGCUGAAAAGGGCUCCAAGUUAUCGCACCCUGGAACUGGAGCUGAUUGAAUGGCAGGAGCGAGAGUUGUUUGAGUAUUUUGUGGUAGUGUCCCUGAAAAAGAAGCCCUCUAAAAACACUUACCUCCCAGAAGUGACGUAUCAGUUUCCCAAGCUAGAAAGACCAACCAAGCAAAUGCGUGAAGCGGAGGAGCGUCUCAAGGCUAUCCCUCAGUUCUGCUUCCCUGAUGCCAAGGACUGGCUCCCUGUCUCUGAGUACAACAGUGAGACCUUCUCUUUCAUGCUGACUGGGGAAGAUGGGAGUCGGCGGUUUGGCUAUUGCCGGAGGCUGUUGCCAAGUGGAAAAGGUCCACGCCUACCUGAGGUUUAUUGUGUCAUCAGCCGUCUGGGGUGCUUUGACUUAUUUUCCAAGAUCCUGGAUGAGGUUGAAAGGAGAAGGGGAAUAUCUGCUGCCCUGGUUUAUCCGUUUAUGAGAAGUCUGAUGGAAUCUCCUUUUCCUGCACCUGGAAAGACAAUUAAAGUCAAAACAUUUCUGCCUGGAGCUGGAAAUGAGGUCAUUGAGCUGCGGAGGCCCAUGGACUCACGCCUGGAACACGUGGACUUUGAAUGCCUUUUCAAGUGCCUCAGCAUUCGUCAGAUCAUCCGGAUCUUCGCUUCCCUCCUCUUGGAGCGGCGUGUGAUUUUUGUAGCAGAUAAGCUCAGCACCCUCUCGAGCUGCUCACAUGCUGUGGUGGCCCUUCUGUACCCCUUCUCCUGGCAGCACACCUUCAUUCCUGUUCUACCCUCAUCCAUGAUUGACAUCGUGUGCUGCCCUACCCCCUUCCUGGUGGGACUGCUCUCCAGCUCUCUGCCCAAACUCAAGGAGCUGCCUGUAGAGGAGGCUUUGAUGGUUAACCUUGGAUCUGAUCGAUUCAUCAGACAGAUGGAUGAUGAAGAUACAUUAUUGCCUAGAAAAUUGCAAGCUGCUCUGGAGCAGGCACUAGAGAGAAAGAACGAACUAAUAAAUCAGGAUUCAGAUAGUGAUUCAGACGAUGAAUGUAACACCCUGAAUGGAUUAGUGUCUGAGGUUUUUAUCCGAUUCUUUGUGGAGACAGUUGGACAUUAUUCCCUGUUCCUAACCCAGAAUGAAAAAGGCGAGCGUGCCUUCCAAAGGGAGGCUUUCCGUAAAUCCGUGGCCUCCAAGAGUAUCCGCCGCUUCUUGGAAGUUUUCAUGGAAUCCCAAAUGUUUGCUGGCUUCAUCCAGGACAGAGAGCUGAGGAAAUGCAGGGCAAAAGGUCUCUUCGAGCAGAGGGUUGAACAGUACUUGGAAGAGCUUCCAGACACAGAACAAAGCGGAGUAAACAAGUUCCUGCGAGGCCUUGGCAACAAAAUGAAGUUCCUUCACAAGAAGAACUAA